AUGGAGACGGGAGUUUUGAGCUUCUUCUAUGGCAAUGGCCAUGAGGAAGACGUGGGUAGAUCGAGGCGAACAAGGAGGACAAAGGAGGACAAGGACGAGGUGGACGAUGACGAGGACGAGGACGAGGAGGAUGACGAGGACGAGGACGAGGAGGAUGACGAGGACGAGGACGAGGACGAGGACGAGGACGAGGACGAGGACGAGGACGAGGAUGACGACGAGGACGAGGACGAGGACGAGGACGAGGACGAGGACGAGGAUGACGACGAGGACGAGGACGAGGACGAGGACGAGGACGAGGACGAGGACGAGGACGAGGACGAGGACGAGGACGAGGACGAGGACGAGGACGAGGACGAGGACGAGGACGAGGACGAAGAGGGGUCUACCGCUCUCUGCAUUGCAUGCCAGCACUGA